UGAAAUGUUACUUUUUGGACGAAAAUUAACUGCAGCAGAAGCUUGCGAGAGAGGCUUGGUAGCAGAAGUCUUUCCUGAUAGCGAGUUUCAAACAGAAAUACAAAAAAGAAUAAAACUGUAUGCAGGCUUACCUAAGAAUUCUUUGAGUCUGUCAAAACAAUUGAUCCGAGGUGUGGAUAAAGAUACCCUUCUGAAGGUAAAUGACCAAGAAUGUGAAUUAUUAAUUGAGAGAUGGACUUCAGAUGAAUGUGCUCAAGCUGUCAUGAACUUCUUCACAAAGAAAUCAAAGCUGUGAUGAGUUGAACAAACUAUCAAGAAUUAAA